AAGAAAACAAGACAUGGCGGCAGGGCCGAAGGCGAUCCAAACGCCUGAAAUGUCACCUACAGUUAGGAAAAGUGUUUCGUCAAGACCAGGAUCUAUUUCUCCUGCACUCAUGAAUUUCCCUGGUUCGUUAAUGGAACUGGAUGAAUACAGGUAGAUUUGAAUUAUUUUAUCCUUGGUUUCCGUCGAGUGCGACUCUUGAUCGUGGUUGUACAUUUAUUUAAUAACUUUUUACAGCUGCUUUUUAACAGAAAAUAAUUCAAUCAACCAUAUCUUGGCUUGACUUCUGAUAAGCUACUCCGUUCUUUUUGGUCAGGUAAUGUAACCCAGAUUUUCAUUUUCAAACCUGAAAACAUUUUUGAUGUCGAAACAUUUCAAGCUUAGUAUUAUAUACAGAUCCAAAAACUCCGACUUCUUAUUUCUUUCAUUGCGUCAUCAAUGGGUCGUUUAAUCUCGAAAACCUCAAGAACCUCUUUUUAUUUUUCCGUUUCUUUAUUUAUGUUUUGUUAGAGAAUCUUGUUGAGAGAUGAAGUAUUUUUCUUUUCCCGAUAUUUACAACCGAUUUCUAAAUCCUCCGCACUGAUAUCCGUGACUGACGAAUCGCAACAAUCGAUGGCGACGAACCAGAUCAUUAUUGAUAAUUUAUUUUCCAACUCGAGAAGGGAAAGAUCACAGGGAAAUAUAAGCUGAUUUUUUUUCAGGCCGUUCAGUGGUCCAUUAAUGUAUCUGUAGAUUUUUAACAGCCCUUUAGCUGGAUGAUUGUUCGAGUAUUGUGAAGCGGAUCCAUGUAAAGGGGCAGAAACACAAAAAUUAAGAUAACACCUGCUGUGAUUUGAGUAUUAUGUACACGCCUGUAAACUUAAAUUAUCUAUUGGCUGAGAACGCUUUUAAGUCUUUCCUCCCUCGCAUGGGAAAACCAAGCAGUGAGUUAAAAAUAUAUUACUGUAGGAAAAUGAAUAAUUACAGACUGAUGGAUAAUACAAAUUUUGAGGAAAGAUCUUGUUAGGAUGCUCAAAUACAUAUUGAAGCUAUAAAGAGAAUUAAUAAUACUUAAGGAGUUAAGCAGCAAGAGGAAUAUGCUUUUCCUUUUUCAUUCCUUUUUUAAAUAUGACAAAGUGUUGCAUUUUAUAUUUAAUGUUGUCAAUGCCUUUGACUGUCACACUGAUGAGAUAAUUUGAAAUGGUGGCAAAAUUGGCUGGAAAAAUGAGGACAGAUUCUGUCAAUUGUAGAGUAGUUCAAAUACAUAAUUUGUAUAUGAAAACGAUAUGGAUUAGUAUAUUCUAUAACCAGUGGAUAUAGCACUGAGAGUGCAUUCUGAUUGGCUACUCAAACUAUGAAUUAAUCCUGUGCUGUUCACCUCCAAGCAACUCAGGCAGGAUUUUGCCGGAAAAUAUUGUAAUUGAUGUAGGAAUAUAGAGGGUAAAUAAUGUUUUUGUGCUAUAUUUUUGCACUAUUUUAGUAUUUAUUAAAACUACUAUUCACCUCAGUGUUAGCAGUUAGCAGUGAAUAUUUACUUUGCCACCUUGUGGCUCAGUAAAUAUCCACCACUAGCCACCUUCACUUUGGCAAAUAGUUUUUAUUUAUUGAUACUGUGGCUGACUUUUUAAAAGUGAUCUCUAGAGUCAUAUCUGUGUGCUAUAAAUGCAAGUCUCCCAUCUAAGCCCCUUCUCUGAUAAGUCCCUCCUACUCCUUGCCUCAAAAUUAACUUUUAGAUGCUCUGGGGUGUUGCUAAGUGCUGACUAAUGGCAAAAGGCGGUGGUUGAAAUGGUAGGUAGUAUUUUUGGGAAUCAAAUGAUGUUUUCAGGCUGGGUGUCAAGUUAAACCAUCUUUGAGCUGCCUCACUUAAAAUCUUAGCCAGCGGCCAAAUUUCUUAGCAACAAUCCAGGAAGCUGAAAAUUGCCACAAGAUUUUGCAGUUUCCCUUUGUGCUUGAUUGUCUUGAGAAAGAUUAUUUUAUUAUAUCUUUUCCCAGGCUGAUAACCAGCUAAAGAAAGAGAAAAUUUUUGGUUGAAAAACAACAUUCAAUUUUUUAGAAUGUCUUGGCCUUCUUUCCAACUUUCUUACUACCAAUUUGAUGUAUGUACAUUGUAAAGGCAGAAUUCUAUCCAAAACUUUAGUUGCAUGUGUAGGAUUUUCAGAUCCAUGAAAUGUAAUGCUUUAUAACAUAGCUAGUAAAUUAGUCUAAUCAAAUUCAAUUGCACAAGCAUGCUUUUUAUUCCUAUUGUGCACACUCAUGACAUCAACAAACAAAUCCCUCAAGAAAAAAAAUUUUCCAUUGGGUUGAAAAUGUUAUAAAACAAUUGGUUCAUACAUCAGGGUGCGUUCAUUGAGAUAUGAAGUACUUGGGAAGUUUGGAGAGCACUCGAGAAGCUAGAGUUGCUCUUGGCUAUGCCUCUUACGCAUCUUUCGUGCUCUCCAAACUUCCCGCGUGCUUCAUAUCUUGAUGAACGCAUGUGACUUAUGAACCAAUUGUUAAUUGACACAUGGAAAGGCUGAUGCUGUUUCUUCUUCCUGUGUGUCUUUGUACAUAAUCAUCUCAUCUUCUCAAUAACUUUAUUUUAGACCAUCCAUUGCAGACCAAGUCCGUGUUGGUUACUUCAGUCAAGACAGGUCUUCGCAAACUGAAGUAUCAGAAAUAGCACAGCUAAAGGAGAUGACAGAAGUCUUACAAAAUCUUGUCAGGGUCAGUUUUAAUGAAAUAAUUGUAGACAAUUGUCACAACCAAAUACAGAAGCAGCAAGAUGUAUAAUGAAAGGAGCUUACAAGCUUACUGCACCAUUAAUAAGAGAGUUAAAAUACUUUUGACAAAGAAAGGGUUGACACCAAAAGACAAGCAGUCAGCCACAGCAAAGGUAUUUUGAUAUAUGUGGUGACAAUGUGCAGAGAAAGGAAAAAACAUAUCAAAGUUCAAGGGAUUUCAUGCUCUGAAAGUUUAAUUUCUUUUGUACCUAAUUCAGCAUCAUCUUCAACAUGAACCACAUGGUUGUCACAAAAAUAGGUGUUAACAUACAUGUACACCUAAUUAAUGUAUCUAAACACAGGAUAAAAUGCUCCCUUUUGAAACCUUCACUCAAUAUUUAUGUCUUUCAGUAGGAAAUUAGAAUUGAUACAGCCCUCCAGGAAAAGGAAAAAUUUCUACCUACUUUCAUGUAGGGGGGGGGAAUUAUUUCAAAGGUAAAAGGGAACUCACAAACCAAACUUUGGAAGAGUAAGGUUGGAGCUCAAACCACCAAAUAGACGUCACUCUGAAAAUGAUGGAACAUUUUCCGACACAUUACUCACUGACAUUUACUUGUUUCCUUUGAAGGACAUUGAGAAUUUGAAAAGGAGUUUGCAUUAUGCUAAACAUGUUCUUCAAGCAGAUUAUGAGAAUAAACUGCAAGAGAGAGCUUUGGACUUGUAAGUAUUGGCUUUCGACACUCUAGGGUUUAAGUUAGUAUGGGUACAGUCAUACAGAGAGAGUGUUGUAAGAUUAGGAGUUUGUUAAGCCUUUUCUUUUGUGAAGCUGAAACUAUUAAUGAGCCCAGUCUGAUGAAGGUGCAGAUGGCAUGAUCAUCUGACAUGUCAGAUGUCAGGAUUUUGUAAUUGUUGUUGCUGUUGUUGUUGUCGUUGUUGUUGACUUGAACACUGAUUGUUAUUGUUGUUUUAUGCCUCUCACUUUUAUAUGCAAUCCAUUAAGUGAAUGAAAUCAGAAACACUGCUUUAAGAGAGAUUUUCUUUUCUCUCAGUUUUUAUCCUGUUUUGUAUUUUUCUGAUAUAAGAUUUGUGUGGGACUUAAGAGGGUGCAUUGUAAAGUUUGUGAUGUGUUCCUCUUGCAGAUAUUGUAGAGUCAAUGACAGAAUCUUGGAACUGGAGAAACAGCAUGAAGAUGUAAGUUAAUUAGUGUGAAAAGGAAUCCACAUUGCAAAAAAGGAACUGGCGUUGGUCAGUAUAAAUCUGCAUAAAAUGACUAGGGUUCUGUCACAAAUGGUCCAAUUCUAUGGCUUGUGCUACUGGUGAUCUAUUCAAAUAAUAGAUUCCAUGUUAAUUGUCAUGCAUCUUUUCAGUAGUAUUUUAGAUCACAGUUAAAAUCAAAAUACUGUACUAAAUAAGUGGCACAUGCAGCUCAUCUGAGCAUGCCAGUGAUGCUCUUUCCUCAUUUUGACAUCUUCUGUCAGUGAUCUAUUAGUGCACAGACCCAAUUGGCAACAUGGAAACUAAAGUGCUUGUUUUAUCUAACAAUACUUGUCACUGGUGACAUCAUUUACAUGUAUACAUCUGUCCCCCAAUAGAUCACAAACAAGAAUCAAUCAAAAUGUGUGUAUGAUUCAGUAUAUGAUAUAUUGUGAGCACACUGACAGACCCACUGAGGUUUUGAGCAUAUGAUAUAUUGUGAGCACAGUGACAGACCCAAUGAGGCUUUGCCCUCAUCAACUAUCACACAAAAGAAAUCUCAAUUCCAUAAUUAGAUUAUUAAGUAUUUUAGUUUGUUGUGAUCAUUUCUCUUUUUUUCUCUUUUUCUUAGCGUGUUAAUGUUAUCAGAAGAAGCUAUCGUCAGCAGCUUGCUGAUGCUAUAACCCAAAUCUCCAGCCAACACCAGGUAGAGAUUUGUCUUUUGCUGUCAUCGUGACAAGUGCAAAGAAUGCAAUCUCCAAACCUCAGCUGUACUUUAAGAUACUACUUCUUCAUUUCAUGACAACUAUUGUAGCUCAGUCCAUUUGAUAUAACAUGAUAUUUUGAUGGACCUGAUGAAACCUUUGCUCUCAGACUACUUUAGUUCUUGUCAGGGGAGCAUGUUUUAGGCUCAGUUUAAAUAAUGUUCCAUACUAGUAACUGCAACUUUUUGGAGUCAGGUGCAGGGUUAUUUGAACGAUGCAUAUGACACUCCUUUUAUGGUAUUACUUGUGGGAGAUGCAGUGGUCUGGUCUAUGUUUUGUCUUUUAGGGCAAAACACUUUACUUUCAUAGUGCCUUUCUUCAUCCAAGCCUCAUCUAUUUGAAGGGUGGACAACGCUAUCCACUGGAUACAUGUAUAUCUCUAUCUGGUUGAUAGUGCAGUAUGUACAAGUAUUCACAACACUUCCGGAUAGCAAUUUAACCGUUGGAUAGUGUUAUACUCCCUUUGAACAACUGGGCCCAAGAGUAUAAAUGGAUAUUGGCGAAUUAUCAGGGAAGCCUGAUGAAAUGCUGCGGGUAAUCUUGUGGUGGAGUAGCAUCUCAUCCAGAUCAUCUCAUGUUACUCUUAGUUGUUCAUGCCAAGGAAACCGGGAGAAGCACUAACUAAGUGGUCCACUUGGUACCAGUAUACACUUAAACUCACCUUUUUAUUGUAUACUCCCAAUGUAGGAGUAUUAUGCAAAGAAGAGCAAGCAAGACAAAGCGAAGUUUUCGGAAAAAAGCUCAGAAAAGUCCAAGACGAUGAUGAAGAAAAGAAAAAAGCUAAACAACAGCAGGACUCCAUCAUAG